GCCGCUGGUCUCUGGCUACAGGGCGGCGGGAUCGGCGAGAAGGGGGCCAUGGAGGCACGGGAAUGCAGCUACCAGUUCCGGAUCGCGCUGCUGGGGGACGCGGCCGUGGGCAAGACGUCGCUGCUGCGGCGCUACGUGGCGGGAGCUCCCGGGGCCUCGGAGCGCGAGCCGGAGCCCGAGCCCGAGGGGGCGCCCACGGUGGGCGUCGAGUUCUACAGCCGCAAGCUGCAGCUGCGGGCCGGGCCGCGCGUCAAGCUGCAGCUCUGGGACACCGCGGGCCACGAACGCUUCAGGUGCAUCACCAGGUCCUUUUACCGGAACGUGGUAGGUGUCCUACUGGUCUUUGAUGUGACAAACAGGAAGUCUUUUGAACAUAUCUGCGACUGGCACCAGGAGGUCAUGGCCACUCAGGGCCCAGACAAGGUGAUCUUCUUACUGGUUGGCCACAAGAGUGACCUGCAGAGCACCCGUGUUGUCUCGGCUCAGGAGGCAGAGGAGCUGGCUGCCUCGCUGGGCAUGGCCUUCAUGGAGACCUCGGCCAAAAAGAACUGCAAUGUGGACCUGGCCUUCAACACCCUUGCUGACACCAUCCAGCAGGCUCUGGAGCAGGGGGACAUCAAGCUGGAGGAGGAUUGGGGGGGUGUCCGGCUCAUCCACAAGGCCCAAGUCCCCAGGUCCCCCCACAGGAAGCAGCCCUCACGCCCAUGUCCUUGUUGACUCUGGGAGGGAAAGGGUUAAAGCACUGCCAACCCCAGAAGUGCCGCUGGAGUGGGGAGUGGCAGGAGCUUUCUGGAGAGCAAAUGGCAGGAUGUAUCCAAAGGGUUAAUAUAAACAGUA